AUGUUGGCAGUCGUCCUCCUGGUGGCAGUGGCCCAGUGCAGCGCGGGAAUGAUGGGCUACGGAGGAGGAAAGGGCGGCGGAUAUGGCGGUGGCUAUGGAGACAGCGGCCCGCAGAUCGUGUAUUUGCCCGUGAACUGUGGGCCCUACAAUGCGGGCGGCGGGAUGAUGUCCCAUGGAGGCGGAUACGGCAUGCCCAUGGGAGCCUUCGACGGGGCAGUCAGCCAAUGGCGUCGCUCUCUGACCUCGUCUUCCGCGUCUCGUAGCGUGAUCGGGGACAUCGACCUCGUUUUGGAUUCUGCAGAAACCAUGAAUGUGCGAAGGCCAGGCUCGGAGCGGUUCGUGGGUUUAACAUCGCUGCUACUUCUGGCGGCGGUGGCGACGACUUCGGCUUCGCCCGGGUUCGCCAAAGGCGGAGGUCGUCGCGGCGGAGGCGGAGGCGGCAAGCGGGUCGUGUACGUGCCCGUGCAGGCGCCCGUGCAGCACAGUGGCGGCGGCGGCGGCGGCGGCGGCGGCGGGGGAUAUGGAGGCGGUGGGUUCGGCGGAGGUGGCUUUGGAGGCGGUGGAUUCGGCGGAGGCGGAUAUGGUGGAGGCGGCGGUGGAUUUGGAGGCGGAGGAUACGGCGGCGGAGGCGGCGGAGGUGGUGGACCGCAUAUAUUUAUUAGCAAAGGCAGCGGCGGCGGCGGCGGCGUCUACGAAUGCGAAACUGUUGAGCGACGGGGAGUCGUGAGUCACAAGCCUGACCUUCACCAACAGUUGCAGGAUGACGAUCUACGUAGUCCCGUGACAUACUACGUCUACCGGACGAGGUACCCCGGCUUGGUUCACCGUGAGCACCCUUAA